UCGAAGAAAACUGGAAAAGUCUGUUUAGCCAGCCCCAGACGGCCCUUAACCUAGUCAAGCCGUUUCUUUUCCCCUAUUUAUAAUAGAUGAUUUCACGCGCAUGCCACGCGCUCCUUUUUAAUCUUCCUUACACUACGCGCCUUCUCGGAAACCUCGCUCCCAAUCUAAUAGUAAAAGUCUCAGCUCCACGGAAGAGUCGCCAUUGCCUCAACCCUUUCUUUUCGACUGCUAGUCUCAUGGGUUCAGUUUCUGCGUUGAAAGAGCCUUUAGAGUAUCCAAUUCCUCGCAGAGACGACUCUGUCGUUGACGAUUACCAUGGCGUUAAGAUUGCUGACCCUUAUCGAUGGCUUGAAGACCCAGAUGCUGAGGAAGUAAAGGAUUUUGUUCAGAAACAGGUAAAAUUAACCGAAUCGGUGCUUCAGCAGUGCGAAGCAAAAGAUAAGCUUCGCGAGAAAAUCACCAAGCUUUUCGAUCACCCACGUUAUGAGGUCCCAUUCAAGCGAGGCAAUAAGUAUUUCUAUUUCCAUAACACUGGACUUCAAGCACAAAAUGUCCUUUAUGUCCAGGAUAGUUUGGAAGGAGAAGCUCAAGUAUUGCUUGACCCCAAUUCGCUUAGUGAGGAUGGAACCGUGUCUUUGAGCUCCUUGUCUGUAAGUGAGGAUGCUAAGUAUUUGGCAUAUGGGCUUAGUUCCAGUGGCAGUGAUUGGGUUACGAUUAAAGUGAUGCGAGUUGAGGAUAAAUCAGCUGAGCCUGAUACUUUGUCAUGGGUAAAGUUUUCAGGUAUAAGUUGGACCCAUGAUAGCAAAGGGUUCUUCUAUAGUCGUUAUCCAGCACCUAAAGAGGGAGAAAAUGUUGACGCUGGGACAGAGACCGAUUCUAACCUUAAUCAACAGCUAUACUAUCAUUUUCUCGGUACAAGUCAAUCUGAAGAUAUUUUAUGCUGGAGAGAUCCUGAAAAUCCUAAGCACUUUGUGGCAGGUGGUAUCACAGAUGAUGGGAAGUAUCUUGUCCUAACCAUUGGGGAGAGUUGUGACCCUGUCAAUAAACUAUACUACUGCGACAUAUCCUCACUUCAUGAAGGUCUUGAAGGUUUCAGGAAUAAGGAUGGUCUUCUCCCAUUUGUCAAGUUGAUUGAUACAUUUGAUGCUCAAUAUGAAGCUAUUGCAAAUGAUGACACAGUUUUUACUUUCCUUACCAAUAAAGAUGCCCCUAAAUAUAAAGUAGUCCGAGUAGAUCUGAAGGAACCAAGUAACUGGAUUGAUGUCAUCCCAGAGGCUGAAAAGGAUGUGCUUGAAUCAGUAUAUGCUGUAAAUGUUAAUAAAUUGAUCGUCAGUUACCUGAGUGAUGUGAAGUAUGUGCUGCAAGUAAGGAAUUUGAAAACAGGAUCACUGCUGCAUCAGUUGCCAAUUGACAUUGGGUCUGUUUAUGGGAUUUCAGCACGAAGGGAAGACAGUGUGGCUUUUAUUGGUUUUACCAGCUUUCUUACUCCAGGUAUUGUAUAUCAGUGCAAUCUAGGCACUGAGACACCAGAUAUGAAGAUAUUCCGUGAAAUUAGUGUGCCUGGAUUUGACCGCUCAGAGUAUGAAGUCAAUCAGGUAUUUGUGCCAAGUAAGGAUGGUACGAAGAUCCCAAUGUUCAUUGUGGGCAGGAAGAACAUUAAUUUGGAUGGAUCACACCCUUGUUUGCUAUAUGGAUAUGGUGGGUUUAACAUUAGUCUCACACCAACAUUCAGUGUGAGUCGUAUUGUACUUACAAGGCAUCUUGGUGCUUUUUAUUGUGUUGCCAACAUUCGUGGUGGGGGAGAAUAUGGAGAGGAGUGGCAUAAAGCUGGUGCUCUUUCCAAGAAGCAAAAUUGCUUUGAUGACUUCAUUUCGGCUGCUGAGUAUCUUAUAUCUGCUGGCUAUACUCGGUCUGAAAAGUUGUGUAUUGAAGGUGGAAGCAAUGGUGGGCUUCUCAUUGGGGCUUGCAUAAACCAGAGACCAGAUCUUUUUGGUUGUGCUUUGGCUCAUGUUGGUGUGCUGGACAUGUUACGAUUUCACAAGUUCACCAUCGGCCAUGCAUGGACAUCGGAUUAUGGAUGUUCUGACAAGGAGGAAGAGUUUCACUGGCUGAUCAAGUACUCACCACUACAUAAUGUACGAAGACCAUGGGAACAGCAUCCUGAUCAGCCAUUACAGUACCCUCCUACUAUGCUGUUGACUGCUGAUCAUGAUGAUCGUGUUGUGCCAUUACACACGUUGAAAUACUUGGCGACACUGCAAUAUGUACUAUGUACAAGCUUAGAGAAGAGCCCCCAAACCAACCCAAUCGUAGGCCGCAUUGAAUGCAAGGCUGGACAUGGGGCUGGACGCCCAACACAGAAAAUGAUUGAGGAAGCUUCUGACCGAUAUGGUUUCAUGGCUAAGAUGUUGGGUGUAUCAUGGAUUGAGUAGCCUUUUGUGCUGAAAAAAAUUGCUGCAAUAGUAUUUAUAGUCAACUGUUGUGACUGAAGAAUUCUAUUUGCCCUUUUUCUUAUUUCUUCGCAGUAGGGCUUAAGGAAGAUUCUUUUUCCCCCUUGUUCAAUGGAAAGGCAUCAUUGGUUGCGAAGCUUGUGCCAUCAUUUUUUUUAUAUUUUCCCGGAUCAUAAAGAAAAUUCUGUUACCAUUUACCAUACGAUUAUAUCAGCCAUUUAUCCCUAUUUGCAAAAAUAUGAGCUUGCUUGUAAGUUACAAAGUGAACAUUCCACUCUCUCCACUCCCCCUUCUGCCUUUUUUCUGUUAGAAGUAUUAAGGUGGAAUUAGGAGUGAUAGUAGGUUGGGUUAGGUUUAAUAUGAUAUUAAUGUAUUUUAUGUUUACUUAAA